CACCAUUCCAGUCCUAUGGGUUCACAUAAUGUUCUUCUGGAAGAGGCGAGAGAGAGAGAGGGAGAUGUUGAAAAAGACCAUUUUUCAAAAGACUUAACCUUAAAUCUCUUCACACUGAAUCAGCUUCAUCCUCCUGAAUGCUAUCUGGAUUUUCAAAUUUAUUACAUCUGUGGCCAUGAAUUUGUCUUCCAGUCAACACUAAAUCAGAAACGCUUGGAAGGAUGAUGUCAUGGAGAUAAAAAGAUAAAACAAAACAAAAAGGCAAAACAAAAAAACUGCAACAAAAAACUCCCACAAACCCUUGCCACUGAAACAUCACAAUCAGAUUGCUGGAAAUAUGCCUCAACUCGAUGCAGCUCCUCUCUACUCUGAUAACUUCUGCCCUGCGAAGCAAAGUCAACAAAAAUGAGCAUCACAUUGAAAAAAGGCCAUCUCAAGUAAAGUAGAGAGAACAUUCCUGGAACAUUGUAUUCUUCAUGGAAACAACUGUAAAGAAAAAGAGUUUGAGCAAGCAUAAUAAAACUCUGCCAAGUGCUGGAAAGGCCCCUGCUAAUAUCUCUACCAUCCUGCCUUCAAAACAGAUUGCGACACCCAGUGUGUCAGAUCUUCCCACAGUUUUACCAGAAAUAGUGAGUUUAAAUUCCAUAGUAAAAGCAAGCCCUGGGAAAAGGAGACCAGGCACUGUAAUCAUAUCAAAACGGUCGAACACUGCAAACAUGUCUCAGAGUCAGUUGAAUCGCCCAGUCAUUCCAUCAAAGAGACCUGGCUUUAGAGUGUGCUAUAUCUGUGGCAGAGAAUUUGGGUCACAAUCUCUUGCCAUACAUGAACCCAAAUGCUUGGAGAAGUGGCAUAUUGAAAAUGACAAAUUACCAAAGCAUCUCAGAAGAGCAGAGCCUGCUAAACCUCAGUCCCUCACUGGUGGUGCCUAUAAUAUUAAGGCUGCAAAUAAGGCAGCUUAUCAGAGUGCUCAACCUCAGCUCUUACCCUGUGAAAACUGUGGUCACACUUUUCUUCCUGAUCGUCUCCCUGUGCACCAAAGAAGUUGCAGACCAAAGGAUGGUGGCAUGGGCCCUUCAGGCUCUAACCCCCCUAAAUCUGUUAAAGGCCCUAGCUCUGGCCUUGUAUCUGCAGCACGUACUGAUCAAUCUAGUAAAGUUCAACAAAAAAGUGGGGCCAUACCAGACAAGGUAAGUUAUUAUUCAUAUGACCUAUGAAAGAGACAUGAUUGUUUUGCUAUAGAUUCUCCAGAGACUAGAGAUGAGUGAACUUUCGUCAGAUCUUAAAUUUCAAGGCCUACUUCUUU